CGGGGGGGCCCCCCGGGGGGCCCCCCGGGGGGGCCCUCAGCUGCUUCCUGCAGCAAGCUGCUGCAGCAGGGGCCCUGCAGCUGCCCAGCCAGGACGUGGGGGCCCCCGAAGUGAGCCAAUACACUCUGCAGCUGCUGCUGCUGCAGUCUGUUGCAGAAGCAGCAGCAGAACGUUUGCUGUUUUUGAAUAGACUGGAGGCCCUUUGUGCCAGCAGAAGCAUAGGCUCUGCAGUGCUGGGGAAGGCCAUGCCUGCUGCUGCUGCUGCUGCUGCUGCUGCUGCUGCUGCUGCUGCGCCCGCGGCCCACGUCCCGGCGGCCACUGCUGCUGCCUUCGGCCCCGCUGCUGCUGCUGCUGCUGCUGCUGCUGCCAACCGACGCAAAGUCGGAAUUACCUUCGAGCAGUUCACGAAGAUGCUGCUGGCGGACAGCAGCGGGCCCUUCGGCGAGGCCGAGUGGAUGGUGAACAGCAGCAGCAGCAGCAGCAGCAGCAGCAGCAGCAGCAGCAGCAGCAGCAGCAACAGGGUCCCGCGGCGGCUCGCAGAAACGCUGGCAGCAGUUGCCAACUCCAACAAACUCCGCAAAGACUCCGACGUUAGAGUGCAUCAAAUCUUUAGAGAUUUAAUUCAAUUUGGUUUAAAGCAUGACCAGCUAGCAGCAGCAGGGGGGGCCCCCCUGCUGGGGGCCCUGGGGGCCCCCCUGUCGCCGGGCCCCGCGAGGGGCCCCCGGGGCCCCCCGGGGCCCCCCGGGGGGGCCCCGGGGGGCCCCCCGGGGGGCCCCCCAGGCCUCAAAACCCAUGAAGGACCUUUUCUUGUUUCUUUAUUCAGCAGCUACUUAAAAGAAUUCGAAAGAAACACGGAAAAGAACAGCACGCACAGGGCCCCGCUGCAGCUGGGGCCCCAGUGGACUGCGGAGCAGUGCAGCAGCAGCAUAGACCUGAUGGCUGCGGAAGAAGCUGCUGAAAUCCGCAAAUUAAAUCUUAUGAAAGAAAAGGCGUGGGCGCAGUUGCGCGUGUUGGGGGUGGAGGCUUCAGGUGUACAUACACCUGAGGCGGGCGCGGCGCACGGCCCGCUCGCGCUGGCGCUCGCGCUGCUCUGA